CUCAAACAUGAAGCUUUCUAUUGUCUUCAGCGUGCUCGCAUCCAUCGUGGUUCUUGCUACAGCAUACCCCACACAAGGAGCCGCUGGCAUUGCGAAACGUUCCAAUGUCAAGAAGCGCGACUCGGAGGGUCUUGACGUCAAUGACAAGCUCUAUGACUUCGCCAGUUACAAGAAACGUGACUCGGAGGGUCUUGACGUCAAUGAUAAGCUCUAUGACUUCGCCAGUUACAAGAAGCGUGACUCGGAGGAAAUUGGCGUCAAUGACAAGCUCUAUGACUUCGCCAGUUACAAGAAGCGUGACUCGGAGGGUCUUGACGUCAAUGACAAGCUCUAUGACUUCGCCAGUUACAAGAAGCGCGACUCGGAGGGUCUUGAUGUCAACGACAAGCUCUAUGACUUCGCCAGUUACAAGAAGCGCGACUCGGAGGGUCUUGAUGUCAAUGACAAGCUCUAUGACUUCGCCAGUUACAAGAAGCGCGACUCGGAGGAAAUUGGCGUCAAUGACAAGCUCUACGACUUCGCCAGUUACAAGAAGCGCGACUCGGAGGGUCUUGAUGUCAACGACAAGCUCUAUGACUUCGCCAGUUAUAAGAAGCGCGACUCGGAGGGUCUUGACGUCAAUGACAAGCUCUAUGACUUCACCAGUUAUAAGAAGCGCGACUCGGAGGAAAUUGGCGUCAAUGACAAGGUCUAUGAUUUCACUGAUUACAAGAAGCGCGACUCGGAGGAAAUUGGUGUCAAUGACAAGGUCUAUGACUUCACUAAUUACAAGAAGCGCGGCUCGGAGGAAAUUGGCGUCAAUGACAAGGUCUAUGACUUUGCCAGCUACAAGAGGAGUGAGGGGAGGCGCACCUCGCAGGAACUUGGAGUUGAUGACUCUAGCUACGAGUUCACAAACUACAGGAAGAGGGAUGAAGGGAAGCGCCAGCUCGGAGGAACUUGGGGUCCAUGA